AUGCCGCCGAAGAAGGGCAAGAAGGCGGAGGCAGCGGCGGCCAAGAAGGCCCGUCUGGAGGACAAGGAGAAGGUUCAGGUCCGAGAGGCGAUCGCCUUGCAGCAGAGGCAGGGCCAGGCUCAGAUUCUGAGCGAGCUCAUGGGCUACUUCGAGUCCCACCCGAGCGAAGCCAGCUUUAUGCUGGCUAACAUCAAGGCCGGGCACAUGGACUUCAACAACGAGCCCGAGCCGUCCGAGACCAAGCUGCCGGGCCACAUGAACAAGGUGAAGCUGUUGAGCAAGGAGGUCAGUUUGGGCAUACUGUCCGAGCUCAACAGCGGCCUGUCCGAGUGGCUGAGCACGACAACGGUGCAGCCGGCGCCCGAGGACGGCGGGAGGCAGAAGUCCUUGUCGAGGCUGGAUGUGGCCAGCGUGCUGGGUUACCUCUGUGGGAUGGACCCUGCGAGUGCUCUGCCGUGCAAGAGCCUUGGGCGACUGACGAGGAAGCUCAAGGAGCGGUACGAGUUACUCGGCGCCCGAGGGUCCACCUUCCGAGUGUCCGAGCAGAAGACGUUGAAGGACUGGAGCGGUACAAGUUGUGUGAAACUGGGAGACUUCUGGGCGGAGCACAGCUACUGGAGCCUCGAGAAGAUCGCGGAUGGGCAGUUCAACCUCGUCGACAACACCUUGGUCACAUCCGCCGCCCGAGCCAAGACCAAGGUCAAGCUUCCGGCCGAGCUCUGUGCAGGAGGUGACCCCGUCUUGGCCGAUCCCUUCCUGUGGGCCAAAUGCACAAUCAAGCGGGGAGUGUGCGUCCGAGCUGUGGGCCAGCUGCUGGAGGAGAUGAAGAUUCAAGACCGCUUCGCGGUGAGUCGGCCCCUCGUGCUGAAGGAGUGUGACGGCGGCCCCGAGACUCCUACCAAGAAGAAGAUCACCACUCCAAACGAGGCGUCCGAGAAAAGCCAGCAGCCGGGUCCCACAGCGAACAAGCGGCUGUUCUCGCCCGGAAGCAACGGUGCCGGGCCCGGGCCGAAGGCAAAGUCGCGUCCGAGCACUCCCAAGUCCUCCAACAAGGGCGAGAAAGACGAGGCAGAUGAGGAGCUCCCCGAACUCGAGGAGAACGAGGGCGAGCCUCCCGAGAACGGCGACGGCACUUUUCAAAUGUGA